AUGAACAAACUUGUGCUGGUCGUCGCGUUGGCGGCUCUGGUCCAUGGCAAGCCCCAGUACAACUAUCCCGCACCUUCAGCGCCUAGCGGUAGCUACGGCGCCCCCGGGUUCGGAGGCGGCGGCGCUGGCGGAGGCGGCAUCGGGGGUGGUGGGGGAAUUGGCAUCGGAGGAGGCGGAACUGGGGGAGGUGGGAUCGGAGGAGGAGGAGGAGGUGGAAUCGGCAUCGGUGGAGGCGGAGGAGGAGGAGGUGGCGGCGGUGGUGGAGGUGUAAUUGGCAUCGGUGGAGGCGGCGGCGGCACCAUUGUCCAGAAACACAUCUACGUGCACGUUGCCCCUCCGGAACCGGAAGAAUCCCGGCCGCAACGUCCUAUUUCGGCGGGUCAGGCCACGAAACACUAUAAGAUAAUAUUUAUAAAGGCACCUAGCGGUCCGGCCCCGACCGCCCCGACGAUUCCGGUGCAAGCACAAAACGAAGAGAAGACACUCGUCUACGUGUUGGUGAAGAGGCCGGACGAUGCGCCAGAAAUAAGCGUGCCCACUGCCGCUCCAACGCAACCCAGCAAACCGGAAGUAUACUUCAUUCGUUACAAAACGCAGAAACAGGCAACGGGCGGUGGCGGUGGAGGAGGAGGCGGAGGAAUUGGUAUCGGAGGAGGCGGUGGAGGAAUUGGUAUCGGAGGAGGCGGUGGAGGAAUUGGUAUCGGAGGAGGCGGUGGAGGAAUUGGAGGCGGCGGCGGAGGAAUCGGCGGAGGAGGAGGUGGUGGUGGAAGGCCGUCCACAAGUUACGGACCUCCGGGACAAAGCGGACCUUAUUAGAUUCGUUCGUGUAGAUUGUGAUUAUGUCAAAUACGUAGAUCAAUCAACUACUGUAUUUACUUACCUUCUUUACCUUCAUUGUACAUAUACACAUAUUGUUCAUUUUAAUUGUAUCAAAUAGUUGAUAGGUUAAGCAAAUGCGGUGACAAAUAAAUGUAUUUUUAG